AACGACGAGUCCUUGAAAGACAACACAACACAAGUUGGAGUUACUUUUUUAAGACCCAAUAGAAGUUUAAUUGCUCCAAUUUCCUUGGUAUCUCGCCGUACUCUAAGUACGAUUCUUCUCGUUAACCGUCAUGGUUUUCGGUAAGAACAAAACAGGAUUGAACUUUGUUCACCAGGACCAAAUCUGGAAAGACCACAUCGGACACGAACACGGAGCGGCGAAGCACUGGCCGGAGAAUUGGGGAUUCCUUAUCGAGCAAUACAAGCAGCUCGCAAAUGAAGACAACAACAUCGAAAACGGCGAGGCAGCAGUACGCGUAAAGCAGAGAAGGGAAAAUUUGAAAUUACCUCCGAUAGACUCGAGUGUGGCGUCUCAAUUAUCUGUAGGAAGGUCAAAGGCAAGAUAUCCUUCAACCACGGCGUCCGAGAUAGGGUGGCGAUCAAGUCAAAGGCAGUGCAACUUGGAGAGAUAUGGAAGAUACACAAAGCAAAAGAGCUCAUUCUUAGGACAAAUGAAGUGGCCACCAGAGGCAAUUGGUUGAUAUACUAAUCGCUGGUUAUUAUUUUUUCUAAAUACAAAUUCCCCUUGACCGCGUGUAUUGCGCCCACGCGCGAUGGUCUAUUUAGGUUCCCUUCAACACGAUACUGACUGCUCCAAAAUUAACUUGUAAUGGUGUUCACACGGGACCGCGCGCGUUUCGUCGGUUUUCACCUAGUUAGCACGGCCCCAUGACAGACCUUACGCAAAUCGACGGCAUUACAAACGACGUCCGCGCUCACCUGCUCAUGGUUAUUUCAAAACGACGGGUGGUUAUAAAACGAAGACCGUAAACCUAAGAACAAAAAUAGAAGACCCUAUAUUGAAGCCCCAGACCCUAUAAAAUCCGUUUCUGCAUUUUUAUCUCUAUCUAACAUUUCUAUGUAACAAAACAGUGCGACAGAGGUUAUUUUUAAUAUUUUUCGAAAAGUGUUCUAAUUUAAAUUUUUAUGUAAAAUCUAUAAGUGUAAUAUAACAAGAAAGUUGUUUUUGUAUAAUACUUGUUUUCGAAUUAUUUGUUGAACUUGUUGCUCUAGGAAAAUAUCAAAAUCCUC